GGCAGAGGCAGCACGACUUAUCACAAGUGGAAUGUGUACAUUUCCCCCUCUCCACCCCAUUUUUGGGUACUGCAAAUUGCAUUUGUUCAGAAAGAAAAGUUACAAGUGCAGCAACUAUCUCCAGGAUGGCAUGGAUUUCACAAACAUGUUCUUUCAUUCUGUUAAUUUCUUCAGUCUCUAGCGAAUGUGUGUCUGAAAUCUAUGAAAACACAUAUUUUCAAGGAGGAGAUAUCUCUAAGGUUUAUGCUCCCAAUGCAGACUACUGCCAGAUGGUGUGCACGUAUCACCCAAAGUGUCUAUUAUUUUCCUACUUUCCAGGAGACUGGGUGAAAGAUAUUGGAAGGUUUGCAUGCUUCCUGAAAGAGACUGAUACUCAAGCGUUGCCAAGGAUACCCACCAAAGGGGUAAUCUCUGGACAUUCCCGGAAACAAUGCCCUGGAGUCACUGCUUGCAGCAAGGAAGUCCAUGAAGGGUUGGAUAUGCGAGGAGAAAACUACAAUAUAACCACUGAAGAAAGCUAUGACCACUGCCAAAAAAGAUGCACCAAUGAGAAUCACUGUCAUUUUUUCACAUACACCACAGCUUCAUUUCACGAUGCACAUUUCCGCAAUAAAUGCUACUUGAAGUAUAGUGCCAAGGGAACACCAACCAGUAUAAGGUAUCUAAGUGGCGUUAUGUCAGGAUUCUCAUUAAAGGCAUGUCAAGGUGCCGAUACAGACUGUCGGAUGGAAAUUUUUCAGGAGGAAUUUUCUGGUGUUACGGUUGCAAGAGUUCUGACACCUGAUGCCUUUGUAUGCAGAACAAUUUGCACUUACAACCCAGUCUGCUUAUUCUUUACCUUUUAUGAUAGUGAUGGAGAUGUAAAACACCCAAAAUUUACUUGCCAAAUGAUGAAAUCGAGAAAUGGCACACCGGAGAGUUUUGUAGAAAGACGAGUUAAGUCGGGUUUCAGUCUCCUAAGCUGCCGGACAGCUACACCAGCCUGUCAUGUUAUGACUCACAACAAUUUAAACUUUCUGGGGGAGCAAGUGAAGGCAGACUAUGUCAAAGGAAGCAAGGAAUGCCAACAGCUUUGUACAGACAUGGUCCGCUGCCAGUUUUUUACUUACGAUUCAGACCCAACAUUGUGCAACCGAGAAGGCAAAUGUAAAUGCUACCUAAGAAUGACUGCCGAUGGGGCACCGAAUAAAAUUGUGACUGAGACGAGAAAGGUUUCUGGCUAUUCUUUAAGAUUGUGUCAGGUUAAAGACAGACUUGAAUGUGUGAAGCAAUCUGUGACAAAGGGACGGAUUGUUGGAGGAACAAAUUCGUCUUCUGGAGAAUGGCCCUGGCAAGUCAGUUUGCACGCAAAGUUAUCUCUUCAGAGUCAUCUAUGUGGUGGUGCAAUCAUCAGUGACCAAUGGAUAGUGACUGCAGCCCAUUGUACAGAAGACCUUCUGGUAACAGAUGUUUGGCGUGUUUAUGCGGGCAUUUUGAAGCAGUCAGAAAUAAAGGAAGAUACCCCCUUCUUCAGAGUUCAAGAGAUUAUUGUCCACCCUAAGUAUGAGUAUUCAGAGACAGGAUAUGACAUCGCUUUAAUGAAACUGGACAGGCCGAUGAACUUCAGUGCUUUACAGCAACCUAUAUGCUUACCAUCUGAAGACAGAAUGAAUACAGAAUUCACCAACUGCUGGGUGACUGGAUGGGGUUACACAAAAGAGAGAGGUGAGAUACAAGAUACCCUGCAAAAAGUCCGCAUCCCCCUAAUAUCCAAUUUAGAAUGCCAGUCACGAUACCAAGAACACAAGAUAACUGACAAGAUGAUGUGUGCUGGCUACAGAGAAGGUGGCAGGGAUGCUUGUAAGGGAGAUUCAGGUGGUCCUCUCUCAUGUGAACAUCAGGGACGCUGGUAUUUGGUUGGUGUUACCAGCUGGGGCGAGGGAUGCGCUCGUCCAGGUCAACCGGGAGUUUACACUAAUGUGACUGAGUUUGUAGACUGGAUUCAUGAAAAAGCCUUGUAAAAAAAAUGUCCAGUGACCUAAACGUAUGGAAGACGACAGAAGAUGAUGUCAGACAAGCAGCUCUAGAAUUCUCUGAGAAAUCUCUGAGAGGUUCUGUGAACUUGUGGUUUUUGAAAAGGCUAGUUAGCAGGGUUGAAACAAAGACUGAACUCAUUUGACCUGUUGCAUGCAAUAAAAAUAAUAACCCCCAAAGUGGCAAAUGCCUUUCACCCUGGUGCUCAUAUUGAAACUGACCGAUGUGUAUUCAAAUUACAAAGGGGAAUGAAUGUACUUGAGCCAAUCACUGCUUGACAAAUGUAGUGUGGUGUGGUGUAGUGUUUAAGAGCAGUAGACUCGUAAUCUGGGGAACCGGGUUCGCGUCUCCGCUCCUCCACAUGCAGCUGCUGGGUGACCUUGGGCUAGUCACACUUCUCUGAAGUCUCACAGCCCCACUCACCUCACAGAGUGUUUGUUGUGGGGGAGGAGGGGAAAGGAGAAUGUUAGCCGCUUUGAGACUCCUUCGGGUAGUGAUAAAGCGGGAUAUCAAAUCCAAACUCCUCCUCCUCCUCCUCUUCUUCUUCUUCUUCUGGGACAUAUCCUACGUGGAUAUUGUCCACACCUAAGCAUUUCAGUGAGUUUUGGCAAGCAUAACUCUACAAAGCAGAGUAUGAUUUCAGCCAUAAAUGCAAUAUUUAAGACUCAUGGAUUUCACCAUGAUGCUGAUGUUGACUGCUCUGUUGGAUCUAUAUCGCCGCCUCAUUGCUCCUGCGUGGCUUGCAACAAAAUCCUAAACACACUAUAUAGGGUGAGAAUCAAAUCAGUGACAAAAUACAGAAAAGAAAAGUUCUUACAUCGAGGCAGCAUAAAACAACCUACAGCCUGGAUUUAAGGCACAAUUUAAAAGCCUGGUUGAAUUAAAAGUUAUUUCCUAGCAUUCUUUGGGGAAAGCCAUAUGCUUUGAAGGCGACUGAAAGGUGUGUGUGCAGCCACAGGCAUUAUGAAAUGUGGGAGAUUUCAGAAAAUAAUGAUAGGGUAUUUUAGAAACUAUUUUGACUUUUAAAAGCUAUAGUCCUGGCCACAGACUCACAAUACACUCCUCGACCACCACUUUCCCCUCUCUGUGUUCCUCCUUUCUUGCUCCCAUGCCACGGUCAUUGCUACUGUGAAAACUGCCUUCUCUUUUGCUCUUCUACGCCCCUCCCCGACUUCAUGCAAAUCCAGGAUUAUGAUGAGGCAAUGCAAAUCCUCCACCGCAGGCUGUGCAAUGUCAUCUUUACAUUUUUUUUAUAUAGAGGGAAUAGAGAAAACACCCACCCCCCUUUGUAUGCCUUGGUGAUGUUAGUGGGGUGUUUAUUUUUAAAGGUGUGGAACACUUUGCAAGCUUAAUAUGCAGCGUCUUGCAGGGAAAUAUUGUAACCAGCAGAUGCACAUCUGCAAGAGCAGUGUGCAUUAUGAAGAGAGUCCCUUUUCCAGAGCUGUGAUUAAUGUUCUUAAUUGCAUCUCAUUUUCCCCACAGCUGGCAGAUGAGGUGAUGCCUCUCAUUGUGCAUUUGUGAGGGGGGAAACACUGCUAGAGCAUUUUGUCACCAUAGAUUCAUCCACUUAAGAGGUUGCUAAUAGGCGUUUUUCUUUUCUCUUCCACUUCCACUGCUUGGAAAGGACAAAUUAAUUAUGGAGAGAACUCUAUAAUUUGAAAAUAUAAAACAUUUUGUAUGGCAAAUGUGAUCUUUAAAACACAAAGUUUAGAGAUUUGGCUUAAUUCACAAAAUUAAACUAUUGUUAUACCUUUAACACUGUAGUACUAUACCCUUCUUUUUCUACAAUUUUCACUCCUGCUACUACCAAGGCAACACCCUCCACUUUUUCCUCAUCAAGUAUGAGAAGUCUUUACAUAUUUGCGAAUUAAGCGCCAGUGGAGGCACUCAUUACAGAUGGGUGAAGAGGCUCUCAACGGCGAGUGAGCAAGUACCGUUCCACUCCUGCUGGUGUACGAUUGGCAUCAGUUUGCGGAGUGCCUAUGUGUGUGUAGGGCUCCCCCAACCUGAAAGAGUCCUGGGCCCCUGACUGAUUGAUGACGUUUCUUCUCCUUACAUACAUAUGCAGGCCUGCUUCAAACUGAUACCAGGCACACAUUGCCCAGGAGCAUAGCUAGCGUGCACAUAUAUAUCUAGGAGCAAGGCUGUCCUGAUGACCCUUGAGAAUGCCUUUACAUGUUUGUAAAAUAUACAGUAGAUAGGGCUUCUGAAAAGGAGAACCUCUGUUGGACUCUGAGAAAUCGGAGACAAUCUUGGCAAAUCUGGAGUGUUCACUCAGAAA